AUCACCGAGAGAUUUGAACAUGAUCUCUUUAACGGUAUCUCGUUUGAUCUCAACGGACUUGACAGCAAAGAACUCAAAGCUGCUCUCGAAGCUGUUCUCGAUCAUACUCAUGUCAAGGCAGCCUAUCCUGUCAGGAUUAUUAGACGUUCGGAAGUUAUGAUUGAAAAGACCGUAUCAAAGAGAGAAAGUUUAUCUAGUCUUCCACAUGGAAUGACACAAGUUGAUCGUGUUCACUCGGAGCUCAAAAUAUUUGGCAAGGGCAUCAAGGUUGGUGUCAUUGACUCUGGUGUCGAUUAUCUCCAUCCUGCUCUUGGGGGAGGUUUUGGUAAAGGGUUCAAGGUUCAAUAUGGCUACGAUCUUGUUGGUAAUGAGUACACUGGCGAAAACUCUCCUAUACCCGGCCCAGAUCCACUGGAUAGCUGUACAGUUGAAUCUGGCGCAAGUCAUGGAACACACGUUAGUGGUAUUAUUGCUGGUUAUGAUGCUAAAACAAACUUUACUGGUGUUGCUCCUCAAGCCACACUUGGUAUGUGGCGUAUAUUUGGCUGCAAAGGUUUUGCUGCGAGUGAUGUUAUUGUUAAGGCUUUAUUAAUGGCAUAUGAUGCUGGCAUGGAUAUUAUAUCUGCAUCUGUGGGCGGGGACGAUGCCUGGAGCAAUAGUCCUGAAGCUAUUGUUGCUCAACGUAUUGCUAAAAAGGGAGUUCCAUUUAUUGUUUCUACGGGUAACUCUGGUAGUGAUGGUGCUUUUACUGUUGGUAUACCAAGUAUCGGUAAAGACGUCUGGUCUAUUGCCUCUGUUGAAAAUGCGUACUACAAAAUAAACUACUUCAAAGCCAUCUAUGCUACCACUUCCUCAAAUUUGGUCAGUGGUGCUGUGGUUGCUGGAGACAAAAAUAUUGGUAGUAAAAGCGAUGGCUGUGAUCCCUCCACUGUUCCUAAUCUUAAAGGCAAACUUGCUCUCGUCCAGCGUGGUAGUUGUACUUUUACUCUUAAGUCUACCAAUGUUAUUAAAGCUGGUGCUAUUGGCUUGGUUAUUUAUAACGACUAUGAAGGCGAUGCUUUUACACCUUUGAAGUUUGAAUCGACAAUUCCUAUUGUUAGUAUCUCGGCUGCAGGCGGCCUUGCUAUUUUGGCUGGAAUCAAGGCUGGAACAGAAAUCUUGACAUUUGAUCCCAACCCACAUUACUUGCCUAGAGAUAAUGGAUAUCUUAUUUCUGACUUCUCCAGUAUCGAUGCAUCUAAUGAGCUUGAUAUUAAGCCUAAUAUUGCUGGUAUCGGUGGCCAGAUUUACUCUACUCUUCCUCGAUUUCUUAACAGCUGGGGUUUUAUGUCUGGUACUUCUAUGGCUGCACCUUAUGUUUCUGGCUCUAUCGCUUUGUUCAUUGAGGCCAAGGGUUUCAAGAGAAACAAUAAAGUCAUAUCCCAUCAGUUCAAGAACUAUGCAAUGAAGCUUGUUCACACCAAGGGUAAUAGUGUCAUCGAAAGUCCUCUUCUUCAAGGCGCUGGUCUUGUUCAAGUCUAUGAUGCUAUUUCUGGAAAAGUCAGUGUUUCUCCUACCCAGAUCAGUUUCAACGACUCCUCCUCAUUUGCCAAGUACAAGACCCAAACAUUGACCAUCCACAAUACCGGCAAGGCUCGUGCUGUCUUUAAGGUUAUCAAUGAGCCUUCUAUUGCGCUCGCUCCUUACAACCGCUCAGGUCAAGGAUAUGCAAUUGUUGGUCCUGUUGGAUUCUCUAAUUCCAAGGCAAAGCUUAUCUUCUCCAAGACAUCUGUUACAAUUAACUCUGGUCAAAAGGCAACAGUUCGGGUCACUGUUGUUCCUCCUAAAACUAACCCCAAGGAUCAUAUCAUGUAUGGUGGCUACAUUCAUUUCAAGUCUGGUAACCACAAGUCUACCCUUGAUACUACUGUUCCUUACUUUGGUGUUGUUGGAAAGCAGCGUGACCUCCCUCUUUUUGAUGCCAAGUACCCAUACCUCUCUGACUCGGACGGAACAAAUGUGUUCUCCAAGAUCGAUACCUAUACCUAUGACCGCAGCAAUAGCACCACUAUCCCUUAUAUUAUUUAUCGCCUCCUCACUCCCACUGCCAAGUUUGAUGUUGACGUCUUGAAUGCCAAGACCAAGAAGUCAAUUGGAAAAACUAUGACUGACUCUCAACAUUGGACUGUUGAAGGAAGUGUUGGUCUUGGACUUGACAAUAGUUCCUCCAGUAUUCCGGUUCCUUCAGGAACUUAUAUUCUAAAUCUAAAAGCUCUUAAACUCCUCGGUAACCCCAAAGAUCCCAAGGAUUGGGAAACUUUUCAAACAGGUCCUAUUGUUGUAAAG